CCUCCCGCACUCCGGAGGGAGAGCCGGCCGGGCGGGGCGGGAGGGUCGGGCGGGAAGGGCCGGGGAGGACCCGGGGGAGGGCCGGGGCCGGGCGCGCGCCCCCCGCCGCCCCCCGGUCGCGCAUGGCGAUCCGAGUCGUGCGGGCGGCGGCCGGGGCCGUGAGGAGAGCCUGCGGACCGUGCAGCCCGAGCCUGGGACCGCGUCUGCUCCGCUUGCCCCCCAUGGCCGGGAACGUGGAGGCCCCCGCACCCGUGGGCGCCCGGCCGGAGCGCGACCCGAAGGCCCGGGGUGGCUGGCGGGGCGGGGCCAGGAUCUGGGAGGAAACGGAGCAGCAGGCGAAGAAGCUCCGGAGCGCCUCGGACGCGGAGCAGCACAGGAAGCUGCCCAAACGGAAGAUCGUGCUGCUCAUGGGCUAUUCCGGGAAGGGCUACCACGGCAUGCAGAGGAACGUUGGGUCCUCACAAUUCAAGACCAUCGAAGAUGAUUUGGUGUCUGCCCUGGUCCGGUCGGGCUGUAUUCCUGAAAAUCACGGUGAAGAUAUGAGGAAAAUGUCCUUCCAGCGGUGUGCCCGCACUGACAAGGGCGUGUCCGCGGCGGGCCAGGUCGUGUCCCUGAAGGUGUGGCUGAUCGAUGACAUUUUAGAGAAGAUCAACGGCCACCUUCCUCCUCACAUUCGGAUACUGGGACUGAAGAGGGUCACGGGCGGCUUCAACUCCAAGAACAAGUGCGACGCCAGGACCUACCUGUACAUGCUGCCCACGUUCGCCUUCGCCCACAAGGACCACGACGUGCAGGACGAGAGCUACCGGCUGAGCGCGGACACGCUGCGGCGGGUGAACGCGCUCCUCGCCUGCUACAAGGGCACGCACAACUUCCACAACUUCACCUCGCAGAAGGGGCCCCGGGAGGCCAGCGCUCGGCGCUACAUCCUGGACAUGUUCUGCGAGGAGCCUUUCGUGCGGGAGGGCAUGGAGUUCGCGGUGAUCAAGGUGAAGGGCCAGAGCUUCAUGACGCACCAGAUCAGGAAGAUGGUCGGCCUGGUGGUGGCCGUGAUCAAGGGCUACGCCCCCGAGAGCCUGCUGGAACGCAGCUGGGGCGAGGCGAAGGUGGACGUGCCCAAGGCGCCGGGGCUCGGCCUGGUCCUGGAGCGCGUGCACUUCGACAAGUACAACCAGCGCUUUGGCAACGACGGGCUGCAUGAGCCGCUGGACUGGACCCAGGAGGAGGCGGGGGUCGCGGCGUUCAAGGAGCAGCACAUCUACCCCACCAUCAUCAGCACCGAGCGCCAGGAGCGGUCCAUGGCCCGGUGGCUGGGCACCCUGCCUGUGCACGACUUCGACGCCACCGCCCACGCGGCAGCCGGCCUGGGUGCCAAGGCACCCAGCCCCCUGGGAGACAGCGACUGAGGCGGCGGCCGGCCCACGGGUGCAGGGGCAUCCUCGCCGACCCAGGGAGCCGCGCCGCGGCCCCGCAGCCUCAGGGUCCCGAGACCUGCGUCAGGUUGGGUUCCGUCGCCGGCAGGACCUGUCGCGACUCUGUUUCCGGCUCGUGCAGUAACCGCUCACACCUCAGCACGGAAAGACACUAUUUUUUUAAAGAAGCAGUUUUCUUAUUAAAUAAGUACAAACUUUGCCUCAGGCA